UUAUGUUCUUCUCCCCGUCCCAGAAGCCCUUGUUUCUAUUGGGUCGCUUGGAUUCUCGAGUUGCAGUGACCGCGCCAGGGCAGUUGGAGCCGGCAAUGGAGGAGAAAGCCUUCAAUUUCAAAAAUUUAAGCUCCAGGGAGUACCAAGGCCACAAAAAGAAGGUUCAUUCGGUGGCCUGGAAUUGUCUGGGAACGAAGCUUGCGUCCGGGUCUGUUGAUCAUACUGCUCGUGUUUGGAAUAUUGAUGCUCAUGGCCAUGGAAAAGUCAAAGACAUUGAGUUGAAAGGUCAUGCAGACAGUGUAGAUCAGCUAUGCUGGGACCCUAAGCAUCCUGAUGUUGUAGCAACAGCAGCAGGGGACAAGUCUGUUCGCUUUUGGGAUGCUCGGAGUGGAAAGUGUACUCAAAAUGUCGAGCUAAGUGGAGAAAACAUCAACAUUACUUACAAACCUGAUGGGACUCACAUAGCUGUUGGAAAUAAGGAGGACGAAUUGACUAUAUUGGAUGUUCGGAAAUAUAAACCAAUACAUAGACGCAAAUUUAACUAUGAGGUAAAUGAGAUAGCAUGGAAUACAACUGGAGAGCUGUUUUUCCUCACUACUGGGAAUGGUACUGUUGAAGUGCUAUCAUACCCAUCCCUUAAGGUGCUUCACACCCUUAUGGCUCACACUGCAGGAUGCUAUUGUAUUGCUAUUGAUCCAAUUGGAAGAUACUUUGCUGUAGGAAGUGCAGAUUCACUUGUCAGCCUCUGGGGUGUCUCAGAUAUUCUGUGCAUUCGAACAUUCACCAAACUGGAAUGGCCUGUCAGAACCAUAAGCUUUAAUUAUACAGGAGAAUACAUUGCAUCUGCAAGUGAAGAUCUGUUUGUUGAUAUCUCCAAUGUCCAAACUGGGAGGUCAGUUCAUCAAAUUCCCUGCAAGGCACCGAUGAAUAGCGUGGAGUGGAACCCAAAAUACAACCUCCUGGCUUAUGCAGGAGAUGAUAAGAACAAGUAUCAGACUGAUGAUGGUAUUUUUCGGAUUUUUGGAUUUGAGAGCAGCUAAUCUUUGCCUGAAGAUGAAGCCUAAAAUGAAGUGAUGCUGAUGAGGACAUGGGAGUUCUUAGGAACCGACUUCAGAUGAUCUAUCGCAUGCUUGUGUCCUUGUGUCUUGUACUGUACUUUUCUUUAUUUAUCAAGAUUGCUUGCUCUUGCGCGACACCCCUAGCAUUAGAAUGUCGUAAGAGAAGAAAAAAAUGAAGAAUAUCUUCCUAUGAUCAUUGGUUUAAGAAUGAUGCUGACUAAGUGCAUUAUUUUCCUUCUGAAGUCCACUGCAUUGUUUCACCGACAUUUUAACUAUCCAAGCAAGUCCUCAUAAUUUAGUUGUUGCGGCGUAA